AUGUAAAGAUAUUUAGUUUCAGCUGCUGUAUUUCCUAGUUUAUAUCUAGCAUGGUAAGCUUGCAGAGAAAAAAAUACUGUUUAUGCUAAAUCUAAAAGCUCCUCAUUUUCAAGAAGUAAAAGUUCUUCUUCCUCAUCCUCAUCUUCAUCUUCUAAAAAGUCAUCUUCAUCAUCUUUAUUUGGAUCUUCAAAAACUAAAGGAGACAAGUCUCUCACUUAAAAAAGCUUUUUUAGAAAAAGUACUAUAGCAUAAAAACCAUAUUCUAAAUAAAAUGGUAAUAAAAUGCAUAUAAAUAAAAGAAGAUUCGUAAAAGAUUAGUAGCAAUCUAAGCAAAUUUCUAUUUUUGGUUUGUUGAGUUUGCUUGGUACUGUAUCAGUUUAUUUCUAUAGAUAUGAGAAAAUAAGAUAUGGAGUUAGAUUUAUAAAAAAGGCUCUAAAUUCAUGCUAAGUUGGCAAUUUAUCUCAUUUUGAUGCUAAACUUGAGGGCAAGUUGAUAUACGGACAUGGUCCUUUAAAGACUCAUUCUUGGUAAAAUAAAGCUCUAAAAGAUCCAAUAUUUGGAGUUUAAGCUUCAUCAAACGAAGUUAUGAAGCUAUAUCGCAAAGUAGAGAUUUUUUAGGUGAAUGAAGAAAAGCCAGAAUAAAGUUGUUGGAGGGAUUCAAACUACAUAAACUCAUUUCAUCCAUCAAUAUUCCAUCAAUGCAUGAAAGAUGCCUAUAUUUUACCUUAAAAAGUUGAAAUAGGAGAUUAUGAGUUAAGUAAUAAAUAACUGAUUAACUUUUGUAGUGAAAAAUAAACACAGCUAUCUUUUGAUACGGAAUAAAUUGAUGAUUAUUACUCUGAUCUCUCAUAUGAUGAAAAACCUGAAAAAAAUGUAAAGGGGGAUUAAGAUAAGCAAGAUACAAUUGAGAAUCCUUAAAUUAAUUAAAAAGAAGUUAAUGAGGAGUUUAGAACAAUACAUAGAUUUUUUAAAGAGGUUUCAGAACAAGAAUAUGGCAGUUUGUAUAGAAAUCACCCAUUUACUUAUGCAAUUAAUAGAAAUAAAGAUAUUAUUUUUGAAAACGAUUAUAUUUAUAUCACAAAUAAUAUCUCUUAACCUGAAGAAGGUGAUUUACGUAUUUCAUUCCAUGAGCUAUAACCUAUCUAUUAUGCAACAAUUAUAGCAUAAUAGCAAGGAAAAAGCUUUUCAGAUUUUUUAAUAAAAGAGUUUGAAAAUAUGAAAUUGAAUUUGAAGCUAUUCGUAGGUGGGUAGCAGAAAAAUAUUGCAUUUAAUGUUGUUAACAUUAUCAAAGAUGGUAAGAUAGAGCUAUAAGAUCUGAUUAAAGAAUAUAUGACUUAAACUAAGAAAGAAAUACGCUCAACUUCUUACAUUCUUGCCAUUAUAAUUUACUUAAUCUACACUGCUAUAGCCGAUACUAUAGGAUAAAUGAUGAAUCCAUUUAACUGGUUUGGAAAAAGAGCUCAAGAGAGGAGAGAAAAGAACAGAUAAAAUGUUGUAUAAAAGAGAAAUGGUGGAUAUGUUUUUAACAAAAAUAAUAACGCUUCUUUCUUAAGCUACAUGAUUGCUGCUCCAUUUGCUGCAGUUCACGUAACUUCCAUAUCUUUGGCUGCAUUUGCUAGAAUGUAUGCUGGAGUCAUAUGUGGUGGAGCUGUAGCUGGAUAUAUUUUAUAUACUUGCUACAAAGACUAUCAAGAUGAUUAUUAGUUACUUAAUUCUUUCUCUGAAGAAGAAGAACAAAUUGUUGAAAUGGAUGAGCUUGAUUAAUAAGUUUUAGACAUGUUGCAAAACUCUGAAAUUGAAGAAAAAUGA